AUGGUCAAGGUCCAAGUGAAUGGAUUUGGUCAUAUUGGGCACCUGGUCAUUAGGGCUGCUUUUAACUCUGGCAAAGUGAAUAUUGUCACCAUCAUUAACCUCAAAUACAUUGUCUACAUGUUCCAGUGUGAUUCUACUCAUGGCAAGUUGAAAGGCACAGUCAAAGCUGAGAAAGAAAAAUUUGUCAUCAAUGGAAAGUCCAUUUCCAUUUUCCAGGAGCAAGACCCCACCGACAUCAAAAGGGAUGAUGCUGAUGCCGAAUAUGUUAUGAAGUCCACUAGUGUCUUCACCAUAUUGAAGAAGGUUGGGGUACACAAGAAGGGUGAAGACAAGGGGGUCACCAUCUCUUCCCCUUCUGCGGAUGCCUCCAUGUUUGUGAUGGGUGUAAUCCAUGACAAAUAUAACAACUCCCUGAAGAUUAUCAGCAAUGCCUCCUUCACCACCAUGGACAGGGUUAUCUGUGACAACUUUGGCAUUAUAGAGGGACUUAUGACUACAGUCCAUGCCAUCACUGCCAUCCAGAAGGCCGAGGUGUCCUCUCUGGGAAACUGGCAUGAUGGCCAAGGAGCUGCCCAGAACAUCACCCCUGCUUCCAUUGCUGCUGUCAAGGCUGUGGGUGAGGUCAUCCCUGAGUUGAAAGGGACACUCGUUGGCAUGACCUUCUGUGUCCCCACCCCUAAUGUGUUAGCUGUAGAUCUGACCUGCCUCCUGGACAAAGCUGCCAAAUACAAUGAAAUUGAGAAGGCAGCAGAGCAGAAAUCAGAGAGCCCCCUCAAGGGCAUCCUGGGCUAUAGUGAGGGCAAGGUUGUCUCCUGCAACUUUAACAAUGACGCCCACUCCUCUACUCUUGAUGCUGGAGCUGACACUGUCCUCAAUAACCACUUUGUCAAAUUUACUUACUGGUAUGACAACGAAUUUGGCUACAGCAACAGGGGGGUGGAACUUAUGGUCCACAUGGCCUCCAAGGAGUAA